AUGGUGACUGCAUUGACUGAAGCUGGCUUUGGUGCUGACAUCGGAAUGGAGAAAUUCUUCAACAUCAAGUGCCGAGCUUCCGGCUUGGUGCCCAACGUGGUGGUGUUGGUGGCGACGGUGCGAGCCCUGAAGAUGCACGGAGGCGGCCCGAGUGUAACCGCUGGUGUCCCUCUUAAGAAAGAAUACACUGAGGAGAACAUCCAGCUGGUGGCAGACGGCUGCUGUAACCUCCAGAAGCAAAUUCAGAUUGCUCAGCUCUUUGGGGUUCCCGUCGUGGUUGCCCUGAAUGUCUUCAAGACUGACACCCGCGCUGAGAUCGACUUGGUGUGUGAGCUGGCAAAGCGGGCUGGAGCCUUUGACGCGGUCCCCUGCUACCACUGGUCCAUUGGUGGAAAAGGCUCGGUGGACUUGGCUCGGGCUGUGAGGGCGGCAGCCAGCAAAAGAAGCCGGUUCCGGUUCCUGUAUGACGUCGAGCUCCCAAUUGUGGAAAAGAUAAGAACCAUUGCCCAGGCUGUCUAUGGAGCCAAAGAUAUCGAACUCUCUCCUGAGGCACAAUUGAAAAUAGAUCGUUAUACUCAACAGGGUUUUGGGAAUUUGCCCAUCUGCAUGGCAAAGACCCACCUUUCUCUAUCUCACCAGCCUGACAAAAAAGGCGUGCCGAAGGAUUUCAUCUUACCUAUCACUGAUGUCCGGGCCAGCAUAGGCGCUGGAUUCAUUUACCCUUUGGUCGGAACUAUGAGCACAAUGCCAGGACUGCCCACUCGGCCCUGCUUCUAUGAUAUAGACCUCGAUACAGAAACAGAGCAGGUCAAAGGCUUGUUCUAAGUGAUUGAGCUCUCACGCACCCCGAUUCAGGUUCCGGAAACACGAACUUAACUCCUUGCCUUUUUGCUGCAGUUGGAAAAGUGAACCUGAAAAAUGUCUGUUAUGCAAUGUUGAGAAAUGGUGAAAUGGGCCAAAGACGACGUCUUCAUUAGAGACAAUUCUGUUUGCAAAAGAACAUACAUUGUUCCGCGAAAGGACAUCCACCAGAACUGGAAGAAACUCAUUUAUUUUCUGUUUCUGUAGAGUUUACCUUCUGUCCACUGCUUAGACUUUAGAAUGUUUAUUUUAUUUUUAACGAAUUAGUAGAGUAUGAACUAGAAGGUGACAUUUUCCACUCUGUUUUCUACAUUGUCUUUGAACUGAAAAUAAACAUGAAUCUAGAAAAUUA